AUUCAUCAUCCACGUCUUGCGUGUGUGGAUGUGGUCUCCCCACGUAACUGUAUCCGUGUCUUUAAAAGCGGAUCUCAGGGAGGGAGGGAGGUCAGUCCUGAGCAGCACAGAUCACACAGCGCACAUCCUCCCACCUCUCUGCUGACUACGGUUGCAACAAGACAAGUUUUGAUGGAAAGGAUUAUUUUAUCAUUUUGUCCAACAGCAGAAGAGACUUGAACUCCUGGGCUAAAUAAUCGGGAUUUCUAUAUUGGUUGACUGUCUUCAAGCAACCGUCACAGAUCGUCGGAAGCAUAAGAGAACAUGAAAAACAACAGAGAUCGCUGGAGGGUGUACAAGAGGGUGAGUGUCGUGUUCUUCCUAGCUGGUGUGGCGCUGACUGUUUUCCAGAGGGGGAGCAUCAAUAUAGGUGCUCCCUUCGAACUCGAAAGGCAAGCUCGCAUGGAUGCCUCUGAGCAAGUGGAGCCCGGCGCUGCUCUGGGAGACAAAACUGACUUGUACCUGGUGAUAAAAAGCUUCUGGAAGGUUAGCAAACGACAGCCGGUGCCAAAAGCUCUGGCCACCACGCGGGAAUCCAGGAUCACUGAGGACAGCAGCCCCAGAACCUGGGAUGUAACCAGCUCCAACUGCAGCGCUAACCUCAACCUCUCAAGUCAGGACUGGUACAGGGGCCUGGAGGACAAUUUCAAGCAGUUCAUGCUUUAUCGACACUGCCGUUACUUUCCCAUGCUCCUCAACCACCCCGAGAAGUGCACUGGGGACGUAUAUUUGCUCAUGGUAAUAAAAUCUGUAGCCACCCAGCAUGACAGAAGAGAGGUCAUCCGUAAAACCUGGGGCAAAGAGCAGGUGGUUGAUGGCAAGAGGAUAAAGACCCUCUUCCUUAUUGGUAAACCUUCCAAUGUGGCAGAGAGGGCCAACCACCAGAAGCUAGUGGAGUAUGAGGACUACAUCUACAGGGAUAUCCUCCAGUGGGACUUCCUGGAUAGCUUCUUCAACCUCACGCUUAAAGAGACCCACUUCCUCAAGUGGUUCAACACUUACUGCCCCAGUGUACGCUACGUUUUCAAGGGGGACGAUGACGUCUUUGUCAGUGUGGAGAACAUUUUUGAGUUUCUAGAGAGCAGCGGCAAUGCAAAGAACCUGUUUGUGGGGGACGUGAUUUUCAAGGCUAUUCCCAUUCGCAACAGGGAAAACAAAUACUACAUCCCCCUGGCUCUGUAUGAUAAGAAACACUACCCUCCAUAUGCAGGUGGAGGGGGUUUUCUGAUGGAUGGGAACCUAGCGAGGAGGCUUCACUGGGUGGCAGACACUCUGGAGCUCUACCCCAUCGAUGAUGUCUUCUUGGGCAUGUGUCUGGAGGUGCUUCAGGUCACUCCUAUAAAACACAACGCCUUUAAGACGUUCGGCUUGGUAAAAAAUAAGAACAGCAAGUUGAACAGAGAACCUUGUUUUUUUAAGAGCAUGAUUGUGGUUCACAAGCUGCUCCCGUCGGACCUCAUGCACAUGUGGAAUCUGGUCAACAGUGACCUGGUCUGCUCGCAGAAAGUGGAGAUCCUAUAGCUUGAUGGGAACACCAGGUAAGGACAGCAUCCACAAGCUGUCCCUUGGUGGAUACUAGCAUGAUGCAUGUGAGUCCUGGUAAACUGGCCUUCAAUGUCAAGAGAGAUCAUGGAUCUUAUUUGAAUUUCCUGUUUCUGUGCAGUAGUGCAGUUUUUGGAGGGGGUUUCCUAAAACAUCAAAGAAAUUAUACAGAGUUUUAAAAGGUUUUAGAUUGCUGUAUUUAUAUUUGCAUUUUUGAAGGACUCACACUGUCAGCACACACAUUUUAGAGACAACAACCAAAGUUGAGCUGCUGGAUCACCGGAGCAGAGCUACUUCCUCUACCAAUGGGUCUUGCUUGACCUUUCAAAGGCCAGACACACACCCACCUCCUCCCCUCCUCAGUGGCCAAGGCCUUAUUUUUCUCCAUCCUUUUG